CUUUCCAUUGGAAAUAAACUGAGUGGAGCAGAGGAAAUGGGACAGAGAAAAUUACAGAGCUCUCCACGCAAGAAGCUCCAAUCUGCUGUUGAACUUUGCAUAAAAAGGAUGAGAGAAGAUAAACUUAAAAGAAGAAGUUCGAAGAAAAAUAUCAAAUCAGCAAAUAUUGAGAACAAACUUUUGAAAUCCGAUAUCAAAAGUAAAGCUUCGAAAGGAGGAAAACUGGGGUCCGAUUCUAGUGACGACAAAACUUCUGGAAAAGUAGCACCUCAGGCUGAGAAAUGCACUACACCUGACAUAGGCAAAUCCUCGCACACAGACGGGAAAGGACCUAGCAAAUUAAGUACCAUUGAUUGUAGCAAGUACAAAACCGAAGAAAGCAAAGGAUCUAAAGAGGAAUUUCAAAAGGGAAAACAGCACUCUGAAUCAUUCAGACCUCAAGCAAAUUCAACCAAGCCUGACUCCACUAAAAGUAAACCUUUAGGAAAGAGAAGUUCGACAAGAGUCAAAUCAGAUGAGGAACACACAGAAAUAGAUUGUCAAGAAAUUUUCGCUAGAUUACAGAAAGAGUCUGCAAAAUCAAGGUUGAAAACUCGUAAAACAAUAAAUUGCAAAAAACUAGCCGAAAUACUGCAUAGUUCAAAGAAGGCGAAGUCAGACAAGAAAGCAGCUUAUUCGGGUGAUGACACUAGAACGCCAGAUACGAUGGGCUCAACACAAGGUUACAGUAACAAACAUGCUCUAAAAGCCGACCAGAACAUUGAUGUCAGCAAAUGUAGGCCUCUAGAUAGCAAAGGUUCAGAGAAAACUCCCUCCUCUCGAAUAGGAAGUUCUACGAAGAUAGAUUAUGGCAAGCCAACCAUAUCUGAUAAGCUAGAGUCUGCCAAUGAAGCUGAUACAAAAAUUAAUUGUAGCAAAUAUCGUAUUUUAGGAAUUGAUGAUUCGAAAAAGGCUACUUCACAAGAGAAGCCCAUUGCAGCAAGCUGUGGUAAGCUUAGUUCUGCACAUCAAUUGGGAUCGGCAACAUCCAGCGAUAAAAAAUCGAAAGCUAACAGUGAAGGAGUGAGUGGCAUUGAUUGUAGUAAAUACAAUAUUUCAGAAAAGAGAACUAGCACUGAAGGUGCCAGGAAUACCGCAAUAGACCGUGGAAAACCUGAAUUAGCUCAACAAUCAGAAAUUUCUAAGCCCAUUGAUUGCAGUAAAUAUAGAAGCAAAGAAAGUAAAGAUAGUCCUCCUGUUGACUUUAAAUCCCAAAGCUCUGUCGAUUCAAAAGCUGCCAGGGAAAUACUGGAGGCGAUUAACGAAACUGAUUUCAAAACAGUUUGCAAAAAGCGAACAUCCGGAAAGGAGACCAAACCAAAGGACGAGCCUGAACCAAAGGUAAAUAUUAAAGAUUCAGGGAAGUCUACCUCCCAGGAAACCCGAUUUGCAGAAAGAGAUUGCAUAAAAUCCGAUCUAGUAAGUAAAGGAUCUGAUAACCCAAAAGAGGUUGAUAAAUGCCAGAUGCAAGGAUCGAGAGCUGGGUUCAGUGAUUGCAGUAUGGUCAAAUCUACGGGGAGCCAAGUAAGUAGAACGGGUUCCGUAUGUGCUAAACCCGAAAGAGGGGACCUGAAAGCUAGAGACACACCGAAAUCAGAGGCACCGACUGCUUCUCCGAACCAAAAGCAGCCUUCAUUAGCUUGUAAAAAGGCGGAAAAGAAGGGAACAUUUGCUAAAGGUAAAACAGAAGCGCCAGAUAAGGCAAGAAGCUGCAGCCCGACUAAAUUUGAAACUCUCCAAAAGGAUCUCAGGAAUAAGCCUAUAAUUUCGUGUAGCACAUUUAUGACUCCAAUUAUCGAUUCGCAAAAGGAGAAAUCAGAGGCCCUAUCGCAAUUUGAUAGAACAUCAACGAAGUUUGGAAAGGGUUUUGAAAAGCCUAUACCCUUGGGUAAUGAAUUCAUGACGGCCGUGAAUGUUCUUCAUGAAGAAAACCUCUGCAAAGUUCCGGAAGCGCGAGUGUCAAAAAAGGAUAGUUUUCAGAAAGACAAGUCUACCUCGAUGGGAUAUUCACGGUGCGGAAUUAAUAAGCCUAAAUCCGCUGACAACAAGUACCAGACUCCCGAAACUAAGAAUCGAAUUAAUGCCACUCAUAAAAAACUUACUCCUACCGAGGGAUCAGGGAGGGAAAGUUCGAAGCCUGAAACAGGUAUUGAUUGUAGUAAAUACAAGAUUUCAUAUAAUAAAGAUACGAAUAAGCCAGACCUUCAGCAAGGAUCAUCGUCGGCAAUCAACUACAAUAAGCUGGCACAGGUAGAACAAAAUACAUCGACGAGUCCUAAUUGUGUUUCAAAAACACCCGGCGGAACUGAUUACUGCAAACAUAAGGUCUCAGAGGUCAAAAAUUUCGCUAAGGCUACCCAUGCAGUGGGGCCGGGAGUUCAAACUUCAAGACCUAAAAUGGAAGAAAUCAAGAACAUUGAUUGCAGUAAAUACACACUAGGAAGCAAGGACAAAAAUAAAUCUUUGCCUGAAGAAAGUAGUAAACCGGGAUCUGUACACCAAACUGGACCCGAUAAGUUCAAACCUAUGGCAAAUAUCAUAGAUUGUAGCAAAUAUAAAGUUAAAGAACUUAAAGAUUCAAGCAAUGCCAACCCAGAGAGAAAAUCUGAAACAAGAUCAGUUAAAGGUAUUGAUUGCAAUAAAUACCCAACGUUCAAUACGUCCCAAGAAGGAAAAGACGCAAACAAAGCCACCUUACAGAAAAGGCCGGCGUCCAUAAAUCGCUGUGCUAGACCAGUAUCUGCAAAAAAAAGCUGAGUCAGGCAGUCCGAAAUCUAGAACAGAAGCAAUAAAGGCAAAUAUUUGACUCUACCAAACAAGGAUACCAAGAAUUCCACCCUCCAGGAAUGUGGUAAACCAACAUCCACUCAAAAAAUUGGAUCCGAUGAAAUGAAGACUAGAACGGAAACCCUAAAGU